AAUGUCAAAAUCGGAAAUGGCAAUAAUUAGAGCCCAAGCUGAUUUUGCAAUUAAUUUACUUUCUAAUGUUGUUUUUGAACAAAAUAAACCUUUGGAAUCCACAAUACUUUCCCCUUUAUCUUUAUCUAUGGCUUUGGCAAUGGUUUAUGUUGGGGCUGAUGGUGAAACUAAUAAGGAAUUUGGGAAAUUGUUGUCGGGAGGCUUAAAAGAAGAGGAAACCCAUGCAUAUUUUGCAAAACAAUUAAAUUCUUAUAAUGACGAUAAACCAAAAAAUUAUACUUUGGAAUUGGCAAAUAAAGUUUUUGUUCAAAAAGGAUUUAAUAUUUUGGAGAAAUUUAAAAAUUAUAUUGAUGAAUAUUAUGGAGGGAAAUUUGAGCUUUUAAAUUUUGCGGAAAAUGUUGAGGCUGCCAAAAUAAUUAAUGAAUUCGUGGAGAAAACAACACACGAUAAAAUUAAAAAUUUGAUCAGUCCAGACUCAUUAACUACUGAUACUCGUCUUGUAUUGGUCAAUGCUGUCUAUUUUAAAGGAAAAUGGAGUUGCCCCUUUGAUUCUGAAUUAACUCAGAAAAAAACUUUUUAUAUUACUGAAGAGAAAAAUAAAGAGGUUGAUAUGAUGAAAAAAACAAGCAGUUUUGUUUAUUUUGAAACUGAGGAGCUACAAAUGCUAAAAAUGUUUUAUUCUUCUGGAAGUUCUGAAGACGAUGAGGAUAUUUAUAUGGUUGUAUUUUUGCCAAAAGAACGCUUUGGUUUACAAAAAUUGAUCAAAAAUCUGGAUGGAGAAAAGAUUCUAAAAUUGCUCGAACGUGGAUACAAAACUAAAGUGGAUGUUUUGUUCCCUAAAUUCAAACUUGAAUCUACCCACGAUUUAAAAGAUGUGCUCAUCAAAUUAGGCCUUAAAUCAGCCUUUGAUAAAGCCAAUUUCUCCAAAAUCAGCAAAGAACAACCCCUAAAAAUUGACAAAGUUGUCCAAAAAGCUUUUAUUGAGGUAAAUGAAGAAGGGACUGAGGCAGCUGCUGCUACUGCUAUAAUUAUUGAAGCGCGUAGCAUGAUUGUACCAACAAAACCUCCUCAAUUCAUUGCUGAUCAACCUUUUUACUACGCAAUAAUGAAUAAAAAUGAAGAUGGAGGACAGGAAUUUUUAUUUGCUGGAGUAUUUUAUGGAUAA